AUGGCAACUGAUAAAAGUCUCCCAAACGAGAAAAUGGUAUCAUCUCAGCCUCAGGCUUCUUGCCGGAAAAAGAAGAGCGAGAGUGCCACUUUCUUGGAAGACGUGAAAGACCACAUCGACGAGUUCUUACACGCUUCUAUGGACGAACACAAAACUUGCUUCGAGAAGACAAUUAAGAAGAUGUUCAGCAUGUCGAAAAUUGUUGCGGAAAGAAGUUCCGAUACAAAGGAAGUGGAAAGCAUUCUCCCUCUUCAGACGACAGUAGCCAAGUAA